GCCUAGUGUGCGCCGCGCCUCGCACAGUAGCGGGAGUGUUGACUGUGCAUCGUGAGUGCUUCAUCACUGGACAUGGAUUACACCCGACAAUAAUGAGAACCAAACAACGAUGGAAGUGACAUCCAGGAAAUAUACUACACCGUAGCGGGUACCUCAGCGAAGAUGAGGCGCCAUGGUACCCGCUGAGCGCCUGGUGUGGCUCAUCCUCAACAUCCUGCUGUUGCUCCUGGCCCGAUCAUCUGAUGGAGGAAGUACUUUAACUAGGAUAGUGCAGACCCGGUACGGUAAGCUACAAGGUUUCAUCAAUACCAUGAACCCAGCUCGGAGCCUCAAACCCAUCGAAGUAUUCCUUGGAGUACCCUACGCCACGCCACCGAUAGGACCUAAUAGGUUCGCUCCGACGCGCGCCGCGAUGCCCUGGGAUGGUGUGCGGUUGUCCACGACGCCCGGUCCUGCCUGUCCUCAGCGUCUACCUGACCUCUCCAACGAGACAGAGGCUCUGGAGCGUAUGCCCAAGGGACGUCUGGAGUCCCUCAGGAGGCUGAUCCCUCUCCUGGGAAAUCAGAGCGAAGACUGCCUCUACCUCAACAUCUUUGCUCCUAUUCAAACGGCCCCUCGGGACAAGACUAUACGCUACCCAGUCCUAAUCUUCCUCCACGGGGAGUCGUUUGAGUGGAACUCCGCCACACCGUAUGAUGGGAGUGUGUUGACCAGCUAUUCUGAUCUGGUUGUUGUCACCAUCAACUAUCGCCUGGGGAUACUAGGGUUCCUAAACGCCAACGUAGCUCCCAACGCGAGUCCGCGGGUAGCGAACUACGGUCUGAUGGACCAGCUGGCGGCGUUACACUGGGUCCAGCAGAACAUUGCAUUGUUCGGAGGAGACCCUAGGAACGUGACUCUAGCAGGGCACAGCACUGGAGCUGCUUGUAUCAACUUUCUUAUCAUAUCACCUACCGUCAUGCCAGGUCUUUUCCAUCGGGCAAUUCUGCUUUCCGGAUCUGCGCUGAGUAGUUGGGCGUUGGUGGAGGACCCAGUAUCCUACGCGGUCUCGCUGGCUCGCCAGGUGAACUGCUCCGUUCCGGAAGACCUUCUGAGAGACAACGAAGACAUCGUGGACUGUCUUAGAGACGUUCCCCUCCAGAGGUUACUCUCAGCUGACGUCACGGCCCCUUCCUAUCUCAGCGCCUUCGGUCCCAGCGUGGACGGUGUCGUCAUCAGAACAGACUUCCGGGAGGAGCUGCUCAUCAACUACCUCCCAGACUUCCCGGGUCUCACGGGUGCCAGUGUCCUGAACUAUAAACGUGGCGAGAACAUGUUCGGUAGAAACAAGUACGACUUGAUGCUCGGAGUGGUCACGGGAGAAUCCUUACCGAGGUUCCCAACGGACGAUAUCAAGUCGGGGUUCGGUAGUGAGCGGAGGGACAAGAUACUAAGGACUUAUGUGAGGAACGCGUACACUUACCAUCUCUCGGAGAUCCUGUCGACGGUGGUAAACGAGUACACGGACUGGGAGAGAACGGUGGUUCAUCCCAUCAACACCAGGGACGCUACGGUCGCGGCGCUGUCAGACGCUCAGUAUGUGGCACCUCUAGUGUUGACGGGAGAUUUGCUGAGCCAACCUCCUCCGAGUGUAGGGGACCACAGAGAGGACAUGACCACGAGGUCGUUCUUCUACGUGUUUGACUACCAGACCAAAGAGGGUGACUACCCUCAGAAAUUGGGAACAGCACACGGUGAAGAACUACCAUACUUCUUCGGCGCUCCAUUAGUCGAUGGAUUUGCGCAUUUCCCAAAGAAUUAUACUAAAACUGAAGUUGCUCUCUCCGAAUCCGUCAUCAUCUACUUCAGCAACUUCGUGCGCAGUGGGAGCCCGAACGCGUUCCACAAACAGGAAGUGUCGCUAGCCGUCUCCAAAGAGAGGAACCGUUUCCGGACAAUCACUUGGGACGAGUACGACCCUGUUCAUCAGAAAUAUCUAGAGAUAAGUAUGAAACCGCGGAUCAAGAACCACUACCGCGCCCACCAGUUGUCAGUGUGGCUGCGCCUCGUACCCGAGCUGCACCGAGCUGGUAUGGAGGACGUGGUAGCCAGACAUAACUUGUUCCGUAAUCACGACGACCUACGGUUGUACGACGGCGUGGUGAGGCCAGACCCUCUACGGCGUCUCCAGGACAUCCGUAGCAGAGGGAACCUGACGGUGGCGGAGGUGAUUCUCCCGAUGACCACCACAGACCCUCCACUCACUACAUGCAUGACCGUCCAUCAUCCACACAAUAACUCUGAGACCAUCACUCACCUUGAGGCAGCGGGCUACGCCGCGUACUCCACCGCCUUCAACGUCACCGUCGCCGUUGGCUGCUCUUUGCUCAUCCUCAACGUUCUCAUCUUUGCCGGAGUGUACUAUCAACGCGACAAGACAAAACUGGAGAUGAAGAGUUUGCAACAGCAAAAGUCCUUCAAUUUUGACUCCAUGGGCAAGUUUCACCACGCUUCUUCCGCGAGUGUCAUAGUGGACAUCGAGAGAGACGCUUCUACUAUUAUAUUCGCUGAUGGUACACUCCCUCGUUCGGGAUCCCCCGGGGCAAAGUCUCUGGCUCGGCUCCACCUCGUCAAACCUUCCAUAGCUUCUAAUAUACACCCGAACCACGCGUCCACGCUCCCCCGCAACACCACGUUCAAGUCUAUGGACCUGGUAGGGCCUCCCAACGGGUCUGUCACCCUCCCUAAGACUCCGCCUCCCAAGUCCCGCACCAUCUCAGACACUUCAUCCUCCCUAAACCCCCCCUGUAGUCUUGCCUCCAACACAGUCAAUACCAUCAAGGUGCCCGCAGCAGCCAUCAGUGAAAUGAUCGGUUAAUUCAACGAAGACUGUUCAAUUGUGUAAAUAGUUACUUCACACUUUAUACAGCCGUUAACACCUAAAACAUAAAUGGCAAAUGCAAAGUAAGUUUUUCCAACAAAAUCAAAAACGGCGUAAUCUAUACUUAAAUUUAUAUUGCUAAAAUAUAUUCCAACAUUUUUUUUUACCUUUAUGAUCAAAUUAUUUCUCUCUAUAAAAUGUGUUACUUUAAUUCGCGUUAUUAACGUAUAUAUUCAUUGGACACUUUACAUUUGCCAAUGUUUUGUAGCUGGUUUGUACAACUUUUAUAUAUCUAGUCAAUUUUGUAUUGUAAAGUUAAUAUGUUUCUUAUGGUUGUACUAAUACAUUUAUAAGCGAUAACUUUUAAACAUAAUUUGUACAUUUUGUUUUGUGCCUAUACAUUCAUGUUUGUUAUUCUUCCGGAAGUAAUACAAGUAUUACAAAUAUCUCUGUAAUACAAUGUAUUUUUUUAAUUUUCUUAGAAUUUUAUUAUAUCGUACAGGUAAUGUAAUUACAUUAUAAAUAAAUAAAGAAAAUACAUCUUAUUAUUGAGGUCUAAUAUUCUACAUAAAUUAUCUACCUAAUAAAUUGGCAAUGUUUUCUUGAAAUGUAUAUUUUUUUAAUAUACAUAAUAUACCUGAUACUCAAAGUUUUUCCUCUAAGUGAACAAUACACCUUGAGUAGUUGUUGAGUUGCAAUUUAAGAUGUUAAGUUUUUUGUACAAUUAUUAUCAACGAACUAACCCUUGUGUACAUAACCAAGCAAUUAAUAACUGAAUUUGGUUACUGUGCUUUUUAUUUUGUAAUAUUUCAUACUUUAAGACACCUGUAAAAUAUGUAAAUUAAAAAUAAACUAUUUAUUACUGUUA